ACGUUGGAGGUGACGCUGCCAACAGCCAGUCGACCAUGUAGUCAAGACAGAAACUACUCAAGGCCUAAUUGCAUGCGCUCGUGCUUGUUCCGGACGCUGGGUGAACUGGGCCCCGGCUGCCGGCUGCCCUGGAUGCCCCUCCAGCUGCCCGUCUGCGGCACGUCCGAGGACUACCAGGCGCUCUUCAACUACACCCGCAUGUUCUCCCGCAUCCACAUCGUCUGGCAGUACAGCGGAGACCAACUGACGGGAAACAAGUACUAUAUGGCGCUUAAGAGGAUCGAGGACGUCUGCAAAGAACGAUGCGUCGAGCAGUGCUACAAGGAGACCAUCACCCUCUCGAUGGCGGACCGGCUGAACCACAAAAAGAACGCCACGUGGGUAGCACUCAGCAUCUCGGAGGGUUUAUACGUCUCCCGCCAGUCCGUCGCCUAUGACUCACAGCAGAUGAUGUCUGACAUCGGCGGCAACCUGGGUUUGCUGCUGGGCGCCUCGGCCAUGACACUGUACGACGUACUGGAAAACUUCCUGCGCAGGUGUUGGAAACGCCGCUGCAGCAGCCUCAACACAACCCGUGACCCCGUCUUCAAUAUCGGUCCCGACCGUGACCUCGGUCAGGUCAAGGUCGGCCACUCACGUGACCCGUCCUAUAUCGCAGCCAAGGGCGGAGAGCUGCCGCCCGUUGUUCGAGGUUUACCGGCAGCGCGACCAGGCGCCCAUGUAGCAGGGUGCGCCGGGCAGGGUGGUGCCGACCGUCUGGAUGCGUGAUGGUGGUCCGCCUGGAUGCGGACCGCGAUUCGGGGUCGGUGCCUGAUGAAUCCCCUGAGCGGCUGUGCAUUCGUUUAACGGCAAUGCGCGGUUCACGGCAGUGCAGUUUAUGCGGUGUUCGGUUCACGACCGUGCAGUCUGUGCGGUGUUCGAUUCACGGCCGUGCAGUCUGUGCGGUGUUCGAUUCACGGCAGUGCAGUGUGUGCGGUGUUCGGUUCACGGCAGUACAGUCUGUGCGGUGUUCGAUUCACGGCAGUGCAGUGUGUGCGGUGCUCGAUUUACGGCCGUGCAGUCUAUGCGGUGUUCGGUUCACGACCGUACAGUCUGUGCGGUGUUCGGUUCACAGCAGUACAGUCUGUGCGGUGUUCGGUUCACGGCCGUGCGGUCUGUGCGGUGUUCGGUUCACGACAGCACAGUCUGUGCGGUGCUUGAUUUACGGCAGUGCAAUCUGUGCGGUGUUCGGUUCACGGCAGUGCAGUCUGUGUGGUGUUCGGUUCACGGCAGUACAGUCUGUGUGGUGUUCGAUCCACGGCAGUGCGGUCUGUACGGUGUUCGAUUCACGGCAGUACAGCCUGUGCGGUGUUCGGUUCACGGCAGUACAGCCUGUGCGGUGUUCGGUUCACGGCAGUACAGUCUGUGUGGUGUUCGGUUCACGGCAGUACAGUCCGUGCGGUGUUAGGUUCAUGGCAGUGCAGUCUGUGCGGUGUUCGGUUCACGGCAGUACAGUCUGUGGUGUGUUCGAUCCACGGCAGUGCGGUCUGUACGGUGUUCGAUUCACGGCAGUACAGCCUGUGCGGUGUUCGGUUCACGGCAGUACAGUCUGUGCGGUGUUCGGUUCACGGCCGUGCAGUCUGUACGGUGUUCGGUUCACGGCCGUGCAAGCACUGUCGGCGCAGCGGUUUCACGCGAAAACAUGAGCCCGUGGCACAGCUAAAGACUAUGGCCGGUGCGCUAUUGAGUACGCCAUCGGUUGUGUUGGCGAUAUGCUUCGCUCACCUUAUCACAAAGUAAUAUUCACACAUACACACAUAAUCUGCGAUAUCAUUGGUGUUUGCUUUGCGUUGAGGCGUCGUUUCACUCCUUGUAUAUCCAUGACUGCUUUUGUGUGCGUAAAUCAUUAUGUGUGUUACUUCAAGCUCGCGCUGAUUUGAUUGUCAGGCUUUCAAUUUGUAGGACCUAUGUGACUGCAGUGACAUUAGUGAAUAACGAUACCUUGUUAAGCCUAGAACACACGUCUUUGUUUCUUAUGGCGUGCGUCACUGUUCGGUGGAAAGCACAGUGCGACCUCUAGCGUCAUUGUUUGGAAGUAUAUAAGAGACGGACAUUGAGCAGCUGAUGACCCAGGUCGUUGUUAGCAUGCGUAGACUUGACAUUUUCUUAGCAC